GUGGUGGGCGAGAGCGGGACACUGCGCUGUGAGCCGAGUGUUCGGAAGGCGCCGAACCUCCGGGCGUGUCCCGGGACCCCCGAUCCCCCCUCCGCACCGGCAGAGGGCCGGUGAGCCGGCGGGGUGAAGCAGAGCGAAAGCUCCGACCUGCCAACGUUCCGGAGACGGACGACUGAUUCCAGCGACUUCCCUUCUGCAGAGAAGCGAUGGUUUGAAGGAUGACUCCCUGGCAUCAGUUACGUCUGCCCGUACCGGGGGCUCCAUCUCCAUGGUUGUCAGCCAGUACAACAACAAGACGGAGGAGAGAGUCUGGGAUUUUGCCUGUAAAUCGACUUUCCAGAGCCACGUUAACUGCUCCUGGACGGAUUAUGUCAACAGAUUCGACGAGGGAAUAAACUUCUCCUGUCCCUCAGAGGCUCUGAUCUGCGGAGUGGAGAACCUCCAGGGAGACAGCCAGAGGGAUCGGAAGUGGAGGUUCUACUGCUGCGAAGCCGCCCGCGUCUGUUUCCGGGACUGCGCCUGGUCCCCGUACGUCAACCAGCGCAACGAGUACUUCAGCUGGGAAGUGCCGGGGAAUCGCUACCUGGUGGGAGUGGUGCGUUACCAUGGAAACCAGACCAGGUAG